AUGGCUGCCUCAGCUGACUUAGUGUGGCACUUUCCUGGCCUGCAUGAUGUGCUCCCAUCUGCAUCAGCUAGUGGUAUUGAGAUGGAUGAUAUCACUGAGAAUGUUGCAGCUGAGCAGGAAACCCUCGUCGAGCCAAGCGACAGGGUAUCCGACAAUGUCUGCACCAUGGACCCCCCUCCCAUCAACAUCUGCAAAGGUGUCACCGAAGGCACCAGUGUGGAAUACAAACAGCUGAUGAAUGCAUGUGUCGCGUUUCUUACCAGCCUUGGUCUGCUGGAGAGCAAUGAGGAGUUUUUCUGCAAAAAGCCAUGUGCUGAUGCACCAUGGCUGAUUAUUGUGUGGAUCAUGAAUAUGUAA